AUGGAAUGGUACGCCGAGAACAACCAGUUCGACCAAGUUUUCAUGCUUUUCCACUGCCAUGACUCGAAUGCGGCUGGUCAAGUUCAUGUAUUUUCCGUGAAGUUAGGCUUUGAUAGGAACCCUUUUCCCACUGUUUGCAAUGUCCUGGUUAAGUCUUACUUUGAGAUAGGGAGACGUGAUGUGGCAUGUGUGGUGUUCGAGCAGAACAAAGGCAAGGACUCUGUCUUGUUUCAACACCCUUAUUACAUGGGGUUUCUCAAGGCAGUUGUUGGGCUACACGGUUUUGUUCUUGGACAUCAACUCCAUGGUCUGGCAGUUACUACCGGCUUUUCCAGGGAUGUGUCUGCUGGGAAUCAAAUUGGUCGACAAGUGCACUGCCAGGCCAUCGUGGCAAUGGCUGAUUCGACCCCUCAUGUCGGGAAUUCUUUUAGAUUGUCACAACAGAGCACUGUUUCAUGGACUGCCUUGCUCUCACGUUAUGUUCAGAAAGGGCUUCACGGAGCUGGGCUAAAGUUGUUUACCAAGAUGCAAGGAGCAAAUUUACAAGCAGACCAAACAAAUUUUUUUGCUACUGUAUUGAGAGCUUCUGCUAGUUUCGCUUCUUUAUUGACAGAAAUGCAGUUUCCUGGAAAGCUUUGA